CCCGGAGGGAGGCUCGGCGCGGCCGGGCGGGAGGGCCGAGGGCUGAGGGCUGAGGGCCGGGGUGGGCGGCUCGCACGCGGCCGCGCGGCGCCGGGACCGCGUCCCAGGUGCUCGCCGGGCCCCUGGGCUGCGGGGCCGCAGCUGCGCUGGUGCCGGCAAGCGUGUUCGCAGAUGCGGGCGACUCGGGCGCUGCUGGGUCGGUGCCGGCCGGCGAGGCCGGAGGCGCCCUGGAGCCCAUCCCACUGGACGGCCCCCGACGCGGUGGUUUCCUAGAAGGGCCCCGAGCGGUGUCCUUUCCCAAAGUUGCCGCCGAUCGUCCGCAGAGCGGGGGGCGUAUGCCUCCAGCCCAGGUUUUCUGCACCCGAAGUCCCGCCCUCCGACGUGCGGGGCCCCGGUUCACCCAGAACAACGUUGCGAUCCAUAUUUGCUGUAUUUCGUAGGGGGAAGCAGUUGAACGAGGACCAUGAGGUCAGAGGCUCACUUUUUUACUGUCUCAAAUCAAGAAAGCGAAAGCAAACCGUCGAGGCUUUGACUGAAGCGUCCUGCGCGUUGUGCCUCGGAGCACCGGUUUUGUGACUCUCAUCAUGGCAGAAGGGAGAUCGCCAGACAAAAAAAGGCCUCGCAGAAGCUUAUCCGGCAGGAAAACUGAAAAAAAGGCGCCGAGUUCUAUCAUCUCGUUCUUUAACAACGCGCCGCCUGCUAAACUUGCCUGCCCCGUGUGUAGUCAGAUGGUGCCAAGAUAUGACUUAAACCGACACCUUGAUGAAAUGUGUGCUGGCAGCGACGUCGUUGGACUCGAUCCAGCGCAGACCGGCUUGAUCAACUCUAAGGUAUCCGCAGUGGGGUCGGCCAGUAUUGCCCUAGCAGGUGUAACACCGAAGAAGCCAUCACCAACCAAGACGCGUUUAACCCCUGGCAAAAACGAUUCAGCAGAAAUGAACAGAAAACAGCAUACGAGUCCCUACUUUAAAGCGAGUGGUGACUUCAUAUGCAAAAGUCAAGAUGAGCUGAGAAAUCAGAACGUGCAAGUCAUUUCUUUGGGAAGCCUGUCAUCCAAGUUGUCCAGAAAAUACAUAAAAGCUAGGGUGUCGGGAGAUAAGGGUGAGGAGUUGGCCAGCCGUAGUCCACGGGGCGCUGUCUCCCCGGCUGGGAGGAGUCUGGUUGGUAGCUGUUCAGAACCUGAGGACAAGGAGGAACUUUUGGAGAAUAGUUCUCAAAAGGAAAACAUUUUUACAUGUAAUUCUUUAGAGGAAGAAAGUCCUGAACACGCACUAGAAAGCAGCAGAAUAAUGGAAGCUGAGAGCCAGAGGGGCACCGGGGAGUGUGGGAAGUCAGUUCCCACCCGCGGAGUCUCAGCUAAAGCUCCCGCUCCGUCUUCGCCAGAUGUAACAGCCGGGCAGGCACUGAAUUGUCCUACAGAAGCCGGACUUGUGAAGCAGGAGAGGGUCAGCAGAAUAGACCAUGUAGGGGUUGAAACACGUGAGGCAGGCAACCGCGAAGAGCAAGAACUGACUGGCGUUUCAGAAACUAAAACACGGUCAUCAGAUUCGGAGCCAAGAUCUCAGGGUUCAGCAGCGGAUGCUCCUAGCUGGAGUGCUGUCCAGAAGCCUCCUCUGGAGGGUGACAGCGGCUCAGAGAAUGAAGUCGCUCGCAGUGUUCCUGCGGAACAGGGGUCAAGCUGCAGUGUGGCCGGAGCAGUGACCGCGACCCCGCCGAGCCAGCCUUACUACCUCCAGAGUUUCCUUGUGGUGCUGCGAGCCGUGCUGGGGAGUGAAGAUGAUAUGAUGCUUUUUGAUGAACAGGAGAAGGGAAUUGUAACUCGAUUUUUUCAGUUAUCAGCUAGUGGCCAGAAGUUAUAUGUACGGCUCUUUCAACGGAAGUUGAGCUGGAUUAAGUUGAAUAAAUUAGAAUAUGAAGAGAUUGCCCCCGACCUGACACCUGUGAUUGAGGAAUUGACUCGUGCUGGCUUUCUACAGACAGAAUCUGAGUUGCAAGAACUCUCUGAAGUGCUUGAACUCCUUUCUGCCCCUGAACUAAAAGCCCUGGCCAGGACCUUCCACUUGGGGAAUACCAACGGACAGAAACAGCAGCUGGUGGACGCCUUUCUCAAACUGGCCAAACAGCGCUCGGUCUGCACUUGGGGCCAGAGUCAGCCUGGGAUCCGUGCAGUGAUUUUAAAAAGAGCUAAGGACUUGGCUGGUCCAUCGCUGCGAGUGUGUGCAGGCCCCAGGGCUGUGUUCUCCCGGAUCUUGCUGCUCUUCUCGUUGACCGACUCUGUGGAAGAUGAAGAAGCGGCCUGUGGAGGUCAGGGUCAGCUCUCCACCGUCCUGUUGGUCAACCUUGGCCGACUGGAGUUUCCCAGCUACACCAUCAACCGGAAAACCCGAAUCUUCCAAGACAGGGAAGACCUUAUCAGGUACGCAGCGGCCGUGCACAUGCUGAGCGACAUCUCCACCGCCAUGGCCAACGGGAACUGGGAAGAAGCUAGGGAGCUCUCUGAGCGUGCAAAACGGGAGUGGAGUGAGCUGAAAGACCACCCUUCCUUGAGGUACCACGAGGGUUUGCCCCUCUUUCUGCGGUGCUUCACCGUUGGGUGGAUUUACACGAGGAUCCUGUCUCGGAUGGUGGAGGUACUGCAGAGACUUCACCUGUAUGAGGAAGCUGUCAAGGAGCUCGAGAGCCUUUUGUCUCAGAAGAUUUACUGUCCUGACAGCAGAGGCCGGUGGUGGGAUCGCCUGGCCCUGAACUUGCACCAGCACCUGAAGCGCCUGGAACUGGCCAUUAAGUGCAUUGCUGAAGGGCUGGCAGACCCAGACGUCAGGACAGGACACCGGCUGUCCCUCUACCAGAGAGCCGUGCGCCUGCGAGAGUCUGCAGGCUGUAAGAAGUACCGGUGCCUCUUCCGUGGGCUCCCGGAGAUAACCGUGGGAGAGGUCAGGCAUGUGACCAUCACGGGUAGGCUGUGCCCGCAGCGUGGAAUGGGCAAGUCUGUGUUUGUGAUGGAGACUGGGGACAGCGCCACCCCCACCACGGUCCUGUGUUCUGUGGAGGAGCUGGCCCUCGAGCAUUACAGACAAAGUGGCUUUGACCAGGGGAUCCACGGGGAGGGGUCCACCUUCAGCACCCUGUGCGGCCUCCUCCUGUGGGAUGUCAUCUUCAUGGAUGGGAUUCCAGACGUCUUCAGAAACGCCUACCAGGCCUGCCCGCUGGACCUGUGCACGGACAGCUUCUUCGCGAGCCGGGGCCCGGCCCUGGAGGCCAGGCUGCAGCUGAUCCACGACGCCUCGGCGGAGAGCCUGCGAGCCCAGGUGGCGGCCACGUGGCGGGCCCAGGAAGGCAGAGCGGCCGCCCUCGUCAGCUGGGAUCGGUUCACUUCUCUCCAGCAAGCUCAGGACCUCGUCUCCUGCCUGGGCGGCCCUGUCCUCAGUGGCGUGUGCAGGCGCCUGGCCGCUGACUUCCGGCACUGCCGAGGGGGCCUCCCGGACCUGGUGGUGUGGAGCUCCCGAAGCCAUCGCUUUAAGCUGGUGGAAGUGAAAGGCCCCAACGACCGGCUGUCGCCCAAGCAGGUGAUCUGGCUGGACGAGCUGCAGAGGCUGGGCGCCGCCGUUGAGGUCUGCCACGUGGCUGCGGUUGGAGCGAAGAGCCAAGGCCUCAGCUGAAAGCCACAGAACCAGUACUCUCUGGCCAUAUACUGAUAGGCUUUCAAAAGCAUAAAGCAAUGUAUUGUGUUUAAUUUUUAUUGCUGUCCGUUAUAAACCAAUGGUUUCACGACUCACUGUAUAGUGUUGGCAUAUUGUAAAACUUGCUGUUUGAAUGCACUGAUCCUACACAGUAGGCAAUAAACGUUUCAGAAGGUCAA